GAGGAAGAGCAGAUCCUGCUCUCUCUACCUCUCUCUCUCAAGCUCUCUCUAUCUAUCCCUAUCUAUAUCUAUCUAACUCUUUAUCGAUCUAUCUAUCCAUCUCUCUCUCGCUCAUACAGGAGGAAGAGAAGGUCCUGCCCGUCAUCGACCUGAGCCUGGCCAAGGGUCACACGCGGGCCGGCCUGGUGAAGGAGCUGCACGAGGCGCUCACCACCGUGGGCUUCAUCUACCUCAAGAACGUGGACGGCUACGACGAGGAGGCGCUGCUGCGACACUCCAAGUGGUUCUUCAGCCUGCCGAUGGAGCAGAGGAUGGCCAUCUCCAAGAAGUCUUUCAACCCUAAGUGCAGCAACGAGUACCGCGGAUACUUUCCUGUCAUCCCCGGCGCCGUGUCCCACAAGGAAGCCUUCGAGAUCGGGCCGAAGCAGGGGAAGCCGAAGGAGGGACUCAUAUCGCUGGAGGAGAAGUUCAUCAUCGAGGACAACCAAUGGCCUCUAGAGUCUAGAGGAAUCCGAGGAGGGCAGGAAAUUCAGGCUUUCUUUACUUAUCUACUACUAAUCAACACUAUAUUCAUCUACAUCUACCUCUCAUCUUUACCAUUCCUCCACCUCUCUUUCUGUCAGACAUGGAUGGAGGUCUACCACGAGAAGAUGACCGAGGCUUCGCGGGAGCUGCUGAGCCUGAUCGCGGAAGGUUACGGAGCACCCAGCGACUUCUACGCCGACAUCUUCAGGGAUCCGCAUCUCUCCACGCUCCGGCUCAUCCGCUACCCGGCCAGACCCAACCCGACAUAUGAAGCCCGUGACGGUGACGCGGUGAUCCAGACGGCCGAACACCAGGACACCACGAUGGUCACCCUGCCGGCCACCUUUGCCGAGUACCCGGGGCUGCAGGUUCGCUGGUGGAAGGACGACUCCAUCAUCGACGUGACGCACAAACCCGGCCACCUCGUCAUGAACAUCGGCCAGCUGCUCUCCUACACCAGCGGCGGGGCUCUCAAGGCUACCAAACACCGCGUGAUCGACUGCUGUGGUGAUAGGCUGUCCGUCCCAUUCAUCCUGGAGCCACGGUUCCACGCCAACGUGAACGUGGUCCUGCCGGGGUGCGAGCAGAGGGAGAGUCAGCCCAAGUAUUACGGCCACUGGCUCUUGGAGGGGAUCAGAAAGUGGGCCGAAUACAAGGAUCUCUGCAGGCGAAUCGAAACACAGACCGCGAAGACACUGUAUGAGGGAGAAGAAGAUGAGGAUGAAGUGAUGAUGUGGAAGAAAUAGAUAGGAGGAAGGGGAAGAGGAGC